ACGCACCAGAUCGAUGGACAUGCUACGGAAACAGGACCGGAACUCGACGAGGAAAUGGAGAAGGUCUUUGCGAUGGACACCGGGGAAAAAUUCGACGUAGCUCGUCUUGGAUCACCUUCGGAAUCGACUGGAUCUGAUCGAGAUCGCGAUCGUGGACCACUUCCACGAUAUGGUGGCGAUCGCGAUUUCAAUCAAUAUCGUAAAAAAAGCUAUCCGCAUCCUCAUACGCCCUUGAAGAGUCUGCAUUCCAGAUCUAUGCGACGACAUCUUUCUCCUGAAGGAUCGACGGCGGAAAUGUCCAUCGAAGAGGACCAUAUUAAUAUCCAAGCGGAGAACGAGAUUCAGAAAGUCGACGGGGUGAACCGUAAUGGAUUGCAAUCGAUCAAUACAGUAGAAGCCGAAGCCGAAGUUGAUGAAGAAACGAUAAAGACCAAAAAUGUAGACAAUAAUGAGAACGAGGCGCCGAUCUCGGAAAGGGCGGCUUCCAGUUUCAGCCCAAUCAUUGACAGUCCGAGGGUACAAUUUGAGAAGAUCAAGGAAGAAGAUGCAUCAAGUACGCAAACACUGGAAAUGCUAACGAGUACUAUUCCGAGUGGCCAUGAGGAAGAUCGGAAUCGCCGACGGCACCAGAAGCACGAACAUAAACGUCACCAUCACAAAUCUCGCAAAUACUCUCUACAGGAGGAUCCGCAAUGGCGAAAACGAUCUGGAGCUGGUCUUCCAGAUAGUUCGAGCCUGCUGGCUCGACGUGUCAGCGUCCAACCGGAAGAAGCGAGCACUUUACAGGAACUCGACAUCGACGAUUUGGAGUCACAUCGUAGUGACGAUCCACGUGGCAUGCGCCGGCACAAAGCCGCUUACUCGACGGUGCAGAUAGGCCGACGAAAAGAAGGCGGCAUUUUCCAUGACACCUUCAAGAAAAUGUACGAUCACUCGCCGCACGAAGUAUUCGUCCAACUGGACGAACUACAUGGCUUGGGCGAAGAACGUGAAUGGCGAGAGACCGCCAGAUGGAUCAAAUAUGAAGAGGACGUUGAGGAGGGUGCUGACAGAUGGGGCAGACCUCAUGUGGCUUCUCUUAGCUUUCAUUCACUACUGAAUCUUCGCCGUUGUUUAGAAACUGGUGUAAUCCUUCUUGAUCUGGAGGAAAAGGAUUUGCCUGGGCUGGCUUACAGAAUAGUCGAGCAAAUGGUCAUCGAAGAGCUUAUCCUAGCCCAGGACAGACCGGUUGUGAUGAGAGCACUCCUACUCAGACACAGGCAUGUGCACGAACACGAACGUUUCCGUUUCGGUGGCAAGAGGAACUAUUCUAGUUACACCAGCCUUCAGAAUCUACACGAUGCGAAGCCGAAGAUCAUAUCAUCGAACAUGGCACUCGACAGCAAUCAUGCAGUAGUCGAUAUCAAGGAGGAGUUGACGUACAUGAGCAGUAACGAGGACUUGAAGAAAGGUCACAAUGAUUACAUUCUCAAAAGAAUCCCAGCUGGUGCUGAGGCAACAGUCGUACUUGUCGGUGCCGUCGACUUUUUGGAUCAGCCAACGAUAGCCUUCGUACGAUUGGCCGAAGGUGUACUUAUGCCGUCUAUUACGGAAGUCACGAUACCAGUCAGAUUUAUGUUUACCUUAUUAGGACCGAGAAACGCAGACCUGGACUAUCACGAAAUUGGCCGGUCUAUCUCCACUCUAAUGGCAAACACGACAUUUCAUAAAGUCGCUUAUAAAGCCAACGAGAGACGAGAGUUGCUUUCAGCUAUUAACGAGUUCCUAGACGAUUCGAUUGUAUUGCCACCUGGCAACUGGGAAAGACAAGCUUUGCUACCGUUUGACGAACUUAAGGCGAAGAGUGAGGCUAUCAGAAAACGGAAAGCGAGAGCGCUCGAAGAGAAAAGCAAACCGGAGCAAAAUGAAGUAGCCGGAAAAAAAGCUCUUUUUGCCGACGAAGAGGAAAAGAAACCAUCAGAAGAUGAUGACGAUCCAUUGCGACGUACCAAACGACCAUUCGGUGGCCUCAUCAACGACAUUAAGCGCCGUUACCCUUUCUAUUUAUCCGAUUUUAAGGAUGGUUUGAGCUCAUCCUGCCUCGCGGCUGCUAUCUUCAUGUAUUUCGCUGCACUAUGCGGCGCCAUCACAUUCGGUGGCCUGAUGAGUGAUAAAACACAGAAUGUAAUAGGCAUUUCCGAGACUCUUAUUUCUGGUUCGUGGACGGGCGUGAUAAUGGCAUUAUGUGCCACUCAACCGCUGGUGAUUAUCGGCACAACUGGUCCGCUAUUGCUCUUUGACGAGAGCUUAUACAAUUUCUGCUUGGCGAACGAGCUUGAGUUUCUCACCGUACGGGUAUAUGUUGGCGCCUGGAUGGGUAUCAUCGCCUUGGCAAUUGCCUGCGUCGAAGGUUCCGUUCUCGUACGACUCUUCACGCGCUUCACCGAGGAGAUCUUCACUGGAUUGAUUUCUAUCCUUUAUAUCGUUGAGACGUUUAUGAAACUUUACAACUACUUCGUGCGCAAUCCUCUUCUUCACGAAUACAGCUUUGGACCGGACACCAACAAUACAGUUUAUCCGCUCUACGUUACUGAAAUGAAGGUUACUAGAUCGCCAUGGAAUGGAACUGAAGAAAUCCUACGCUUGGAAAACGUUCGCGAGCUUCUACCGAGUCAUGAUAAAAUCAGGCUGUCAAUCAAUCAGCCCAAUACAGCUUUGAUGUGUACUAUCCUUUGUCUGGGCACCUUCCUGGGAGCCUAUUACUUGAGAAUCUUUCGCAACAGCCAUUAUUUAGGCCGUAGUGCUCGAAGAACUUUCGGAGACUUCGGCGUGCCUAUUAGCAUUAUCGUUUUUGUUCUGAUCGACUAUUUAUUUAUGGUAAAAACCGAAAAAUUGUUGGUACCUGAAGGACUCUCCCCAACUAUGCCCGAUAGAAAUUGGUUCGUAUCUCCUGUCGGAUAUGAAAAACCUAUACCGCUUUGGAUGGCUCUAGCUUGCGUGGUACCAGCUUUGUUGGUUUACAUCUUGGUCUUUAUGGAGACUCAAAUAUCGGAACUAAUUAUCGAUAAAAAGGAGCGAAAAUUGCGGAAGGGCAAUGGCUAUCACAUGGACAUCGUGGUAGUUUGCCUAAUGAAUGUAGGAUGUGGACUGAUGGGUGCACCUUGGUGUUCCGCUGCGUCUGUGCGCUCCCUCACCCACGUAUCCGCUUUAACCGUAAUGUCACGCACCCACGCGCCUGGUGACAAACCGCAUAUUGUUGAAGUGAAGGAGCAAAGAGUGAGCGCUCUCCUGGUCGCGAUACUUAUAGGCGUAAGUGUGCUGAUGGCACCAUUGUUGCGGCGGGUUCCGAUGUCUGUCCUUCUUGGUGUGUUCCUAUAUAUGGGAAUUUCAUCAAUGAACGGCGUGCAGUUAUUUGAUCGAGUCAAACUGUUUUUCAUGCCAGUCAAACACCAUGGCACAGCAAACUACGUACGCCGUGUACAAACCUAUAAGAUGCACAUCUUCACUCUCAUACAAAUCUUGUGCUUAGCCGUAUUGUGGAUUGUCAAAAGUACUAGGGCCGCCCUGGCUCUACCCUUCUUCCUUAUUCUGAUGAUACCGUUGCGCGCUCAGAUGAGCCACUUCUUCACCACUGCGGAGCUACGUGCUCUUGAUAGUAAAGGAUCCGAACACGAAGUCGAGGACGAACUGGAUUUUUACGAAGAAGCUCCUCUACCUGGUUAGACUGUGCCUUAAUCGAUUACUCUAUAUUACGGCGUCUUUCUCUCUCUCUCCCCCCCCUCUCUCUCUC